UACAACACUAAUAAGAAUCGCCGCUGUGUUCCUGCGAUGGCGUCGGUUUUUCACGUCUGUGAUUGGAAUAAUAGAAUAGAUAGUUUGUAACAUUAAUUUUGCACAAAAACCUAGAUAUUACUGUCUUCAAUAGUAUGGUUGUUGUAUUUUCUGUGAAAAUCGUAUUAUAAUAGUGAUAAUGGCAGCGAAAAGUGAAUGGCGACCGGGCCCUACAGUGUGUCGGUGUUGUCUUACAGAAGGCUGUUACAAAGAUAUUUCUACAGAAUAUUUUUGGAUGGGAAAGCGGGAAGUGUAUGCAGAAAUGUUAAAAGACACCUUGGAAGUUACUAUAGCCUAUUCCAAGGCUGGUGGUCCGAACAGCAACAGUCGACUCAUUUGUGAGUCGUGCAUAUCCAGGCUCCGUGAUGCGACAGAGUUCAAACGGCAGGUGGUGGAGUGCGAGAGGAUGUUUAUGCAGCACUUGGACCCUGGAAGUUCGAGUGCAGCUAUUGAGGCGGAAACAGAGCCAGUGGGGAAGAUCAAAGUGGAAGGUGUUAAAUUAGAGAAGUCUAACAGCGAUGAUGACUUUGACAACAGACACGCCUUUGGUGAUGACGACGACGAUGAUGACGAUGACCUUGACAAUCAACCGCUAACAAAACUUGCGAGUAAAAUGCCCACAAAGGAAUCCGUAGACCUAUUGGAUUUGUUGGACAACUCCAAGACGGCGGAGAAGAGGAAGUCUUCUACCAAGGUCAAACCGCCACCACCCAAGAAGGCAAAGAGUAAAGUGGAGCAGGUGAAGGUUAAGCCUUCUGGUAGCAAGCUGACGCCUAAACCUGAGAAGAAGAAAAAAGGAAGGAAAUCUGAAGAUAUACAGAUAAAAGUCGAAGUGGAAACAGAUUUAGAUAAAGGAACACUUGGGGCGUUGCAAGAGUUGCGCGGUCUAGGAUCAGAGAAGCGAGCGACGUUCAGAAAUAAUAUUUCAAUUAUCAUCGAGUCGUGCACCGCGUAUCCCUUCAAAUACAGAAAGGGAACCUAUUUGUGCUUCUUCUGCAAGAACACAUUCCGAGAACCGGAGAACCUUCGAGAGCAUAAUUUGAAAAUGCAUUUCGAUGUUAAAACAUUAAAACCGAGAAAGUAUGAACCAUUGAAAAUUGAUCUUGCUGCAACAAUAUGCAAAAUUUGUAGUGCUGAAAUUGACAGUUACGAAUAUUUAAAAACACAUUUAGCUAUGGAACAUGGUAAAGAAAUAGACGAGACUGAUGGCGUUAGCGUGUUGCCUUAUAAAUUGAGUAAAGACGAACACAUUUGUCAGGUUUGCGGUAAGACUUAUGAAAUGUUCUUAAGUCUACACAAACAUAUGAACGAUCAUUACGAACAUUUUAUAUGCGAGACAUGCGGUAAAAGGUUCGCGACGUCCCAAAGAAUGGUGAACCAUUCGCGGACUCACGAGAGAGGGCAUUUUCCAUGCAAGCGAUGUCAGGAAACAUUCCAAUCACACGCUUCUUUAUAUGCUCACGUAUCGAGGAUACAUAGAUCUAAUAAAAGAUACAAAUGUCCGAUUUGCGACGAGAAAUUCGUGUCGUACAAGCAUAGAUUAAAGCACUUAAGUUCUGUGCACGGGGAGAAAACAGCCAUAUUUCCUUGCCCGUCGUGUCCAAGAGUUUUUGAUCUUUGUAGCAGACGCACUGAACAUAUUCGCUUCCAACAUCUGCAAGAGCGCAAUCACGUGUGUUCGGUAUGUGGCAUGAAGUUCUUCACGAACUACGAAUUGCAGGAACAUUCGAUCAAACACGGCGGCGAGAGAAUUUAUCAGUGUGACGUUUGUAAGAAAUCGUACGCCAGAUUGAAAACUUUGCGCGAACACAUGAGGAUUCAUAAUAAUGAUAGGAGAUUUGUUUGUUCCGUGUGUGGUCAGGCUUUUAUUCAGAAUUGCAGUUUGAAACAGCACUUGAGAGUUCAUCAUCCUACUCAGAUGAAAAUGGAUAUUUUUUAGGAUACACCUAUCGGUUAUAGAGUUAACGGAAUUAUUGUUUAUCGUAGCAAACUGGAUUUGUUCGAUAAUUUAGUAGUUCUGAAUGCGCACUUUCGUAACGUAAUUCUUAUUUUACACUCGUUUAUGCAAUUUCGUUCGCAGGGCCGAACGGUUAUUGAUAAGGAGUCAAAUUCUUCGAGACAUUAAUUUGACUCCCUAUUAAAUAGAUCAAGUCCUUGUUUCCAUAUAUCCUGUAAUAGCUGGUCUAUUAUGAUAUUGUAACAGUUUACCUGUUUUCAAAAUAAAUUAUGCCCUUAAAGUUGCCCAAGCUUAAAAGCUAUAUAUACAACAAAAAAUAAUCAAUCUAACCGGUUCAGUUCCGGAGACUGACAUGUGGAAACUAACAGACAGAUUUUUUUAAAUUGAUGCUGCAUCACUAUUUAUUCACUGUUAUAAAUUAUUUUGUUUUUAAAUAUAUUUUUUUUUACAGAUUUAUUAUAUAAAUAAAAUAUUAUAUAGAUAAAAAAAUUAUGUUGACUAACAGUUUUCUAUGUCAUGAUUGGUAAUACUCUGUUUGCUAGUUGAACAGGCUAUCAGCAGAUAGUUAAAGUGGCGUGUGUUCCACCAUGCUUCAACGGAAUCGAUUAUGUGUUGCCAACCCCAAUGUUGACUAAAACCAGAUCAGUUUAAAAAACUAGAAAUAUGUAAAAAAUCUCUUGUAAUUAUUUUGAGACGUUGGGGUCUAUUUUAGUCACUUUAGGGACGGAACAAGUUUGUUUUUGGUCGUCAAUUCCAUGAUUUUUUUUGAUAUAGACUUUUGUUUUAGCAAUAUAAUACAAUUAUGGAAAAAUUGUACGUUCAGAUGGCAGAACUGAAAACUGUGAAGACAUCGAAAAAUUUAAGGGGUUUUGGCCACACUGACGAUAAGACAUACAACACUUUUUUAUUUAUUGACUCCCAAAAUGGGAAUUGUUCUUUAUCUGCGCUUAGAGUAGGCUCUAAAGACAAAUUUAUAAGCCUAUCUAAGGCGACUUUAACGACAUCCAUGGGAUGUCUUAAACAUACAUGUUAUGUUAAUAUACGUAAUUUAAUAUACAACUAUAAAAAUAGUAUCAACUGGUAAAAAAAUGUCGUUGUCAACUGUCAACUAUGACUUUUAAUUUUAGACGGCAUUAAAUAAAAAUGAAUGAUUAUUGAGUAAGUCAAACAAUGGUCGAUUAUGUAAUGAUCUGUCAGUCUUGGGACCUACAGAAUUAACAACGAUGUAAAUGUCUGUUAACGAUGGUAUAUUUGUUAGUACCAGUUUUAGGAAAUUAUGAAGAGAUCAGUUUAGUAAUUUACGAUAUUCUAUUGCGUUCUCUAAAAGUUUUUUCUAGCAUUUUAUGUUUAGGGAUUUAAAUUUUAGGCCAAGUUAAUUUUGUAAAAUUAAGUUAGGACGUAAUUUUAAAUAUACAAGACGAUUAUGGAGAUUAAUUAUAAGACCUUAAAUUAUGGAUAAAAUUUUUGUAACAAACUAUAGAACCAUAAAUAAUAAUUAUGUACUGUUGGAAAAUUAAGUUAAUCAAUAGAAGACUUUUAUACAAAUGCAUAUUUAUUUUAUGAUACAAA